UGGCACUGAUCCAGAUACGACUGCUGAAUACCCGCUGGCAUUUACGCACUGUAAGCGUGUGGGCGCUCACCCUCUUCAGUGGUGUUUGUUCAACCUGCUUUCGAACGUUUGAGAGGGCGAAAGCGUGGCUCGAUGUCUGUUUAAACUUCCUCAUGCAGGGAAUUUUUCAGAAACGAUAGUUUGCGCUCGACAUGGAUGAGGUUAGCGCGCAGUCCAAGAAAGUGUUAUAAUUGCAGUCCAAAAAGUGAACGUCUGCUUGCAAGCACACAGAAGGUGGUGCGCAAAAGACUAUUUUUUGUAUUUCUUUUCCACGAGUGCCACUAAUCAAUCAAUCAAGCAAGUAGCCGCAUCAGUGUCGGAUCGUUCGCAGGAAGCAUGUCAAUGCGGAUGUCCUCGGUCAAGCGAAAUUGAAGCUUAGGUCAGAACAUGAAGCAGUUGCAGUCGUGCUGUUAACAUUGAGCUCACCCUCAAUUUGUCAACUCAUUAUUCCACGCUGGUGUGACUCGAUUUCACGCUGAGGUAAUUGUUAGUGUACGCACGAAAAACAAGGAUCCCUUGUGUUUCGUAAAGAAACAAACCCGUCCAUCAGAUUAUGGGAAGUACGGCGACUGACACCAAGAAGAAAGAUGUUAAGAAGAAGAAUUCAAAGAAGAAAAAAACGCUUCGACUUAACAUGCCGUUGACGGAAAAGGACCCAGGUACCCUGGAGGUUAAACAGUUCAGCCCAUAGCCCUCUGGAUAAAAAAAAAAUUCCAGUUACUGAACUGACGAUACUGAUACUGCCUUUAAUGAAAAGUCUUGUGUCAUCAUUACUGAAAUGGACCUGAGCUCUUUCGCAAUGCCCUUUCUGGAGGGAGAUUCGGGGGCCAGCGUCGACAAAGAUGGCAUUCGCAAGGGAGAGGGAGUGUGCCACUCUGCUAGUCCCACCAAAGGUUUCUUCAUGAGAGGACCUUUCAGCCGGCCCUCCAGCCCCAUGUCAGCCCCCGCCCGGUCCCGAGUCAGCCCAGGUUCCCCCAAAACCAUCUUUCCAUACCCAUCGCACCAGGACUCCCCUCCUAAAUCCCCCCGCCGAAUGAGUUUCAGUGGGAUCUUCCGCUCCUCCUCCAAAGAAUCUUCUGCCUCCAGCACCUCCACAUCAACCUCCCCUGUCGGCAUCAAGUUUUUCUCCCGCACCAGGAAAGCGUCCUCUGGGAUCUGCUCGCCGGCUUCCACCCCCACGCAAGCGAGCAAGCAGCCUCCCUUCCCCCUGGAGGCAUACAGGAAUGAGCCGGAACGCCUGGAGGCCCGCAUGCGCUCCUUCUCCUCGCCGCCGGACACCGGCCAGCGCUUCACCCUGCCCUCCGCCAAGCCGCCGGUGGCCUACUCCACCCCCGUCACCGCUUCGCCCCCUGUCCACGGUUUAGCUGAAGGUAUGCUGGAGAAGCUUGAACUAGACGACGAAGCAGCUGCUGAAGAAUCAGAGAGUGACAUUUACAUGCGCUUUAUGAAGUCCCACAAGUGCUACGACAUCGUUCCAACCAGCUCAAAACUUGUGGUCUUCGACACAACAUUGCAAGUCAAGAAGGCAUUCUUCGCUCUGGUGGCCAAUGGAGUCCGAGCAGCUCCGCUGUGGGAGACCAAGAAGCAAAGCUUUGUGGGAAUGUUAACAAUCACAGACUUCAUCAACAUAUUACACAGAUACUACAAGUCACCCAUGGUUCAAAUCUAUGAGCUAGAGGAACACAAGAUCGAGACGUGGAGAGAGCUCUACCUGCAAGAAACAUUUAAGCCUUUAGUGAACAUAUCCCCCGAUGCAAGCAUAUUCGACGCGGUGUACUCGCUGAUCAAAAACAAGAUUCACCGGCUGCCGGUCAUCGACCCGGUCACCGGGAACGCACUUUACAUCCUCACGCACAAGAGGAUCCUCAAGUUCCUCCAGCUUUUCGUGUGCGAGAUGCCAAAGCCCGCCUUCAUGAAGCAGACCCUGGAGGAGCUGGGGAUCGGAACCUAUAGCGACAUCGCCUUCAUCCACCCUGACACGCCCAUCAUCAAAGCGCUCUGCAUCUUUGUGGAGAGGAGGGUGUCGGCCCUGCCUGUGGUGGACGAAUCAGGGAAGGUCGUUGAUAUUUAUUCCAAAUUUGAUGUCAUAAACCUUGCUGCUGAAAAGACCUACAACAACCUGGACAUCACGGUGACGCAGGCCCUGAGGCACCGCUGUCAGUACUUCGAGGGAGUCAUGAAGUGCAACAGGCUGGAGACGCUGGAGACCAUCGUGGACAGGAUAGUCAAAGCAGAGGUCCACAGGCUGGUGGUGGUGGACGAGAACGCCUGCAUCAUGGGAAUCGUCUCCCUCUCUGACAUCCUGCAGGCUCUGGUGCUCACGCCGGCAGGUGCCAACCGGAAGGAGAGCGAGGCAGAGUGAAGGGACUGCUGUGACUUGGAACGUGAUGCUGCUGUGGGAUAGGGGGAGUCGAAGUGUAAAGUGGGCGGAGCCAUGGCUGGGACGGCACCUGUGACUGGCCGAGCAUAUCUGAUCUUGGGGUCCUGAAGUGUGUGCUGCAAUGAGGACAGGAAGUGGUGGGCGGGCGAGUCAUCAGAGUUUGGGGGAGGCGGGGGUGGUUCUUUCCUCUCUGUACUGAAGGAAUGACAGUUAUCAAAACAUGUAUUUAAGACCAUAUCACCGCCUAAUAUGUAAAACCUCUGAACUUAAAUGAAUUAGAUUUUUAUGUUUAUUUUUGUGGGCAGUAGCCUACCUACUUUCAUUUAUAAAUAUUUAUUUUCCCCCCUUUCUCAGUCCCCCACCCUUCACAUCUACAUGUACAAACGCAUGCACUUGUAGCUUUCUCUACACUGAGCAUCUGGAAAAGACUGGCCAUCACAAUUUCAUCUGGACUACAUACAUUUGCACUUUGCACCCACAAUCUCCUACGUUCCCCACCAGAGUCACACACACGCACACACGUGUACACACGCCCGAGCGCCUACCCCGGUGACAGGAGGGCCAAUCGAGCCCCCGUGUCAGUAGUGCCUUCUGUCUACCAGAGUCGCCCAUCACCGGCCACAGCUACGGAGGAGAAUGUUCAGAAAUCACCCCAAACUGAAUGUGAAAGAAGUCUUUAAAAAACCAAAACGAUGUAAAGAGGAUGGACACAUAUUGUCACUAACUGAGAUAGAUGAUUAAAAGCUUUAUUUAUUUAUUUUUUUAAAUAGCGAUUUCUUUUUCUUUCUUUUUUCAAAUUAACUUGAGUGGUUGAUGGCAAGUCUUCACGUUAUGCAUUAAAAUGAAUGACAGUUAAGGACUUUUAAUCUUUGGUACAACGCAGAAAGCUGCAUCUAUUUAAAUACCCAUAUAUAAUACUUGUUCUCCAGUUUACCAGGAGCAUGCAAGAAAAAUAAAUCGCUCAUGUAUUGUUGAUUGAUCGAUCGACUGUAAAUAAGAAAAGUUCAUAUUGAGGAAACUAAGUGCCAGAGAAAGGUAUAUUUUUCUGUGUAUGAAAAAUGUAAAAUCAUGUUGUUUGUAAGACUUCUGAUUUUUUUUGUACAUUUUGUGGCGUAUAUUGUUCAUAAGGUUCAAGGAUGGAGAUGCUUUAUCCAUUGAAAAUGCACAUUAUGGGCAUGAAAAUUACACUAAUGGUAAUACAUAUUGUAGUUUUAUUUUUUGGGUUUUUCUAUUUUUAUUUUGCUGAUUGAGUUUAAAAAAAUAAAAGAUGGUACCGGA